AUGGUCAAGGACAGGAUAAAUCUUCUGAGCGGACAUCCUUCGACUGGUUACCCUGUAGUUGCGGUGAUAAAAACUGUCGCCAUGUUGUUCGUGAUCAUCCUGGCAGUUCAGGGCGCAUUUCAUUCACCAUAUUAUUUCUGCGGAUUGUAUGGAUAUUUCGUUGUUGUGAGUUGUGCAAAUAUUACUUUGGUGAAGAUGUGGGGAACAAACCCACAAGAAUUGACAGAGGAAGCUUCUCUACAAGAGCUACCGCAAAAGGAGCGGAAAUCAUUCGUUUUACCUGUGAUGUGUAUUGUGGCUGUGGGGUUAAUACUUGCGUGGAUUGAAGGUAGUAAGGGCACGAAGUCGCAACAGAGAGGAAAUGGAUGUCUGGAUCACAGGGAGGCAGAAGAGGCGGCGAAAAAGGGUGGAAGUGAAAGUCACAGACAAAGCGCUGCAGGUAGUAAAGGGACGAGGCUGCAACCGAAAGAAAAUGGAUGUCUGAUUCACAGGGAAGCAGGUGAUAGAAAAACCAGAACGCAAGAAGACGAGGAGAGCGCCAGGAAAAGAAGAACAGAAGCUUCACCCCUUCUUGGUGGUAGUGAGUCUACGCCAUACCUCUGGCAGUUUACAGAAGCAGAUUACCAUACUUGGAAAAAUUUCGGCCCCUCUGACAAUGUUGUUCUGGAAGCGUUUUCCAGUGACGUGAACAAUGUGGAGGUUGAAAUAGAACUUGGACAAUCAGGAACGCUAUCAGGAAAGAUUUCAGUCAAUUUUCAGACAAUGUCCAUGAGCUUGAUCUCCUCCUUCGAUCAGUUUUUGAUCCGUCGAUGCUCAAUCCAAGAACUGAACAAUAAGUUGGAAGACAUCGAUGGAUGGAAAAAAUAUGCUGAAAAGAAGCUUUGUUCUGGGAAAAGGCAAGAGCAAAUGGAAGCAUCGUAUCUAAAUGAAGACCCUGCUUACCACUUUCAAAUCGGUCGGAACGAUAACGCCAUAAAUUUUGAAGGCAUACCUAUGAACCAAAGGAGUGCAGAUUCAGAAGUCCAAGCGGCUCGGCUGGUCAGAGAAAGACCAAUCAGAAGACCAAUGUUUGCUUCGAAGUCAGCACCGCAGACCACAGUGACCAAUCCGAAAGGUCAGGUUAUGACCGUUGAACGGACUAAGCUAAAAAAGGACAGCGAAGAAUACCGAACUGUGAGUCAACGUUUCCGCGAAACAAUGCCGAGACCCCAGGCCUCUAUAUUGAUGGUGGAAAAAAUAACAAAUGAUCAUUUAUUGCAGAAAUACAAAAGUAAGCGUCAAGAAAUGAGAGAGCAACUUAAACCUAGGAGUGAAAAGUUACUGUUCCAUGGUACUACAUCAGAUGUUGUUGAUGCUAUCUGCACACGCAACUUUGACCACAGAGUGUGUGGGAAAAACGGGACAAAGUAUGGGCAAGGAAGCUAUUUCGCUGUAGACGCAUCUUACAGCAAUAACUACAGCAACAACUACAGCAAAACUGAGGAUGACGAAACGAGAUACAUGUUUCUGGCAAAAGUGUUGACUGGAGAAUUUAUUCGUGGAAAGAAAGACUUUCGUCGACCACCAUUGAAGGAUCCGAGCAAUCUGGCAGGUGAUCUGUACGAUUCUUGCGUUGACGACGAAAAUCAACCGAAGAUCUUUGUCAUUUUUGAUAACGAACAGUGCUAUCCUUCGUAUUUGAUUAAAUAUUACCUGAAAUAGUUUUAGGCAUCAAAAUCAGACGCAUCAAACUACGGUAGAAAGUCGGUCACAAGCGCAUUAAUAAACAAAUUAUUAAAUAGCCACCAGAAUUAGGUAGAAUUACACCACAGAAUUACAUUGUGGGCCAUAAAGAGAGAGA